GAUGCGUCACGAAACAAAGUUAUAAGUCCUAACUUCAUUCGAGGAAGUGAAAGAUGAUCUUGUGAGUUGUCCAGGUAGGCUAACCUCGAUUUAUUGUGUAUAAGGAUUUGUGGUGGGAAUUUACGGACCACGUCAAUCUUUUUCUGUUUUCGUUUUCUGUUUUCAACCGGGUAGAAUAAAGUCAUCAGAACGUUUAACAAUUGCGGUCAUAUAUUUGUGUAAAAACUGUACAAGACCAUACAACAAACAAUAAAACAAACGUUGCAAGGAGAAGUCCAUUAUCAGCUUCCACUGAUAGAUUACCAUUUUAUUAACCAAAUGGUAAGGUAGUAUUGGGGGGCAAUGCUGUCUUGGCAAUAUGAAUUCCUAGCUUUAGCCAAUGCAAUGGACUUCUCCUUGCAACGUUUGUUUAAUUGUUUGUUGUAUGGUCUUGUAUCUUUUUUACACAAAUAUGACCGCAAUUGUUAAACGUUCUGAUGACUUUAUUCUACCCAGUUCACGCAGAAAACGAUUGACGUUGUCCGGAAAUUCCCACCACAAAUCCUUAUAAACAAUAAAUCGAGGUUAGCCUACCUGGACAACUCACAAGAUCAUCUUUCACCUCGAAUGAAGUUAGGGCUUAUAACUUUGUUUCGUGACGCAUCCUCCCCCACACCAAUUGUGAACAAUCAUAUAACACGAAAAAUAAGCAAACAACUUUACCUCAAGUCUAUCUGUAGCCACUUGCCGCACUCGAGCUGUGUAACUGUAACUUACAUAUGCAAUUCCUUUGAUUUACGUGUCAACACUUGCUAUAUAUUAUUUAUAAAUAUAAAUUAUAUAAAUUAUAAAUUCCAAAACUUUCCUCCUUGAACUGAACUCCGGCACAUUCGGCAAUCGACUUGUGUGGACUUCCUGUAAACACGGACCUACCGGUAAUGCUUGUUAAACUGUCUUUUUAAAUAAACUCCGGGUUUGCAAACUAAGUUGUUUGUGCUUCGUUUUAUGUGUAGGGACCCUAGUCAUGCUACUGCAGAGGUUUGGUGCUAUUUUUAACAAUAUGCAGAUUUAGAAGAGAAACUCAAUGCCCCAAGCCAACAACAUGGACACCAAACAUUGCGCCCGGCAAAAUAUAAUACUCGAUUUUCAAUUAAAAAGGUAUCUGGAAGGCUUAUUUGAUGGGUUUUAAUGCCAAAACAAAGAUCCUGGGUUCAAUUUGCGCCGGAAUUACACUUCAAGUUAGUGGAACUACGAAUACAGUACCCAGCCUGUCGAUAAUCAGUGGCCGCUUCACUGCCGGUCAAAGUGAAGGGUGUUACCCCCGAGACAACAUCGGCCCUGGAGGGAACGUCUCUCCUGUGCUCCUCGACUACGGUCUGGGAGCCGACAGCAGGAAACGUGUAACACUUCGAUUUCACCCAAGGCUGAGGCCCCGUUCACACGAAGCCGAAACGGGCGAAACCGUUACGGUUUUGAUCUAUCCGAUUUCGAAGUAUCUCCGUAAAGACGAAGCCAAGCGAAACCGGGUAGAUCUGUAGAAACGCUGUAGUACACAUUCCAGACCCAUAAGGGGCGCUGCUUCUGGUACAGAAAUCCAGAAGAAAUGAAAUAAGAAGAGGCGAGCAUGCGCAUAAAGGCUGCCCCCCGAACCACUAACAACACAAACAAACAGCUCUUCUACGAUGGCGAACGCGAAGAAAGUAGAGAUAUUUGUCUGGUCUGACCAUGAGUGCGCGAUGCUGUUGCGGCUCACAUUAGAGUAUAAAGUAAGUAAAUUGCAACAUAAUGUCGACUGGGAGUCCUGCCAGUCCAAAUAUACGGACUUGUCGAAGGCAAUGCAGGACCAGUAUCCCAAGGAGGCAGCUGAAGACUUCCCUCACGAUGCAAUGGCCAUUACGAAAUCGCAGCUCACGAGCAAGCUCAAGAACAUCCGUUCUAAAUACCGAGGGGCAGUGGACACAGGGCGUCGAAGUGGCCAAGGGCGUGUGGUGAUGCUUUUUUAUGAGCUUUGCCAAGAGAUCUGGGGUGGCUCGCCCGCUACGCGCUGCAUUGAGGGAGCCAUGGAGACUGAUGACCUUUUGGAGUCGCCGGGGUGCUCGACCCCAACAAUGGAGUCGCCAUCGCCACAUUCUGAGGAAUCCAGUAACUGCCUUCCUCCUGCUGUUGUGAAACAGCGCCGACAUUUGCUCCAGGCAAAGCUCGACAGCCACAGAAAGGACCGGCUGAAGAGGAAAGCUCGGCCUGACCCGGUGGCGGAAGCCGAGGAGGACCGCCAAAUGAAGAGGAGGAUGGUGGAGCUGGCUGAGGAGUCUGCAAGAAGCUACGCCGAGAGCACAUUGCAAUUAAACUCCAACAUUGCCAACAUCUGCAGCACUAUCCAGGACGGCUUUGCCUUGAUGAGGGAAAUGAUGUACCGACCGCCACAACAGACGCAAUAUGUACCCCCCCACAGCGGACAAUACAAUAGCUACCCCCAGGGCCGUUGCAACAAGUCCUGGGCCCCUAUACAAGAGGUGGAGCAUGCCAAUGCCGAACCUCGUAGCAGCUCUCCGGAGGACAGGCAAGCAGUUAGCCGACGUAUCUCUCCUUCGUUCAGCCACUUGGCUCCGGACCUCCACUGGACUGGUGAGGACUGUGUCGCGGAGCUCAGCUGGAAGAACAAGCUGAUAAGUUGUCUGUGGGCCCACUUGGCGUCGCCUGAACAGGAUGUCGUUAUGGAGCUCGAGACGAUUGAGUUCUCGGAGGAGGAGUGGGAGAUCAGGAAGUUGGGUGCGCAAGGAACUGUUAGUCGUUUAAAGGCUAACUGGAGCCGAUGA